AUGUCUCUGUCCGCGGCAGCAGCUCUGCCGCCCCUGCUGAUCACGCCCAAGCAACUAGCGGCGCGUAUAGCAUCCAAGCAGUCCCUGUGUAUUCUUGACGCUACCUGGUUCCCCAGGAUGCCGAAUGCGCCUGUGCGGAAUGCGCACGCCGAGUACCUCCAGGGCCCCCGUGUGCCUGGCUCACUGUUUUGGGAUGUGGAUGCCGUGGCCACGACGGGCGAGUCCGUGAUGAACUUGCCGCACAUGAUGCCAAGCGGCUCCAUGUUUGCUGAGGCCGCUGCUGCCAAGGGUAUCACCAGCGAUACACACGUGGUGGUGUAUGACAGGCACGGUAUCUUUUCGGCACCCCGCACGGCGUUCACGUUCUCGGCCUUUGGCCAUCGUGCCGUGUCCGUGCUGGACGGUGGACUUCCAGCCUGGAUUGCUGCAGGCGAGACCCUCGAUAGCCGCGCGCUCUCGGCGGACCCUGUGCCGCCCAAGGCCUCGUACCCUGUACCCAUGCUCGAAAGCGGCCGGGUUCGCUCGUUUGAAGAAAUGUUACACAACACGACACUUGGCUCGAAUGCACAGGUGGUUGUUGACGCUCGCCCCCAGGCCCGCUUCGACGGCACAGCGCCGGAGCCGCGGCCCGACAUGGCCUCGGGCCAUAUCCCGAACUCGCUGUCCCUACCGUUUUCUGCCGUCCUUGAUACGCACGAACUGGACGGACGGACGUACACAACCAUGAAGCCACAGCACGAGCUCUGGAAGAUUGUCGCUUCCAUCCUCGGCGAAGAGGGUAUGGAGAAGGUGCGCCACGACGGAUCGGCCAAGGGCUCCGUCGGCGUGACGUUCUCGUGCGGCAGUGGUAUGACAGCUUGCAUUUUGUGGCUUGCACUCCAGCAGCUCGGUAUCAAUGGGGCUAUUUACGACGAGAGUUGGUCCGGUUGGGGCCGCCGGGCUGCGAAAGGCCAGGCGCCCGUGGAGAAGACAUAG